AUGUCGCAUGAUAGUAUUCGUGGAGAUUAUCAGGAAGACUCUAUGGAUACUACUGAACAAGAUUACAAUAUGAUCGCAGAGCAGGCAACAGCGGCGAUAACUGCUCAGAUACAAGCAUUGUCAUUGACCAGUAAUGGAUCAGCAGAUACGAAUUCUACAACUCUUCCUCCUCCAUCAAAUCAAAAACAAUCACCUUUUCUGAGUCGUUCAGAAACAACAGCUCGAUGUUUUAUGUUUUUUCCCACUUCUGGUCACAUGGGUUUUGAAACUAUUAAAACUUCGAACGAGUCACCUACGAUUGAGACUAUACGUGAAAUGAUUGCCUACGAAACGCGUAUACGUUUAUCCGAAUCUAUCCAACAGCUCAUGGAUGUAUAUUAUAAGGAUGAAGGAGCUAUUACUUUAAUAUUGGAUCUCAUUCAACAACAUGUUGUGGAAUCCUUUGGAUAUCGUGAUGUGAACGCAUUACGUACUGCUUUGUAUCGAUUUCCAGAUGAACCUGCCAUUAAAGAUGCUUUUUACAUCAAACACAACAAAAUCACACAAGGUCUGAUUACACAAGACCAAUAUGUUCGUAAUGUCGAUCUAUUUACCCUGGAAGGUCAUCCUACAAAUCUUCUAUCGCAUAUUUCAGCUGGUCAACCAUUGAUAUUGUUGGCUGGUUCAACUAGCUGA